AUGCAUUUCAAGUCUCUCGUUCCUCUGACGCUGAUCUCUACAGCUGUCGCCCAAACCAUAGAAGGUUAUAUCCCUCAUUGCGGUGUCUCUGUCAACAUCCUCGGCCCCGAUGCAACAUGUGAGGGAUUUGCUAAGGAAAAUCACAUUUCCGUCGAGAAGUUCAAGCAGUUGAAUCCUGGAGUUAGCUGUCCUAACCUUCAACGGGGUAAAUCCUACUGCUUUGAGGGCGAAUUUGAGUCGGCCCCGAAUACAACGCUCCUUUCGACCGCAGCUCCAGGUGCCACUACAACCACAUCGCCUGCGGUUACAACAGAGGAGACAACCGUUGCUCCGACUACUGUUUCAACGGUCACAUCGUCGACUGCCACAACCAAAGCAUCGACCACGAAGACCGAGACAACCGCACCAACCAGUUCUACCCAGACAGCCGCCCCCAACUCUGCUCACGAAACGAGAGCGCUGGCACAAGCUGCGACAACCUAUAGCUGGAUUACUAUGUCUGUAUUAAUGGGCUACUACCUUUGUAUAAAUAUCUAA